GUCUUCACUAAUUUUGUUGGUUUAUCAAUUUGGAUCAUUCUAAUGAAUUUCUGAUGUUUAUUCUUCUUCUCAGGUUUAAUAUCGCAGCGGACCUGGUAUAUGAAGCCAAAGACGCUGGUAAACUGGGUUUUGCAGGACUCCUUGUGUGGUUGAGGUUUGUGGCAACACGACAGCUCAUAUGGAAUAAGAACUACAACGUAAAACCACGUGAAAUAAGUCAAGCUCAGGAUAAGCUUACAGACUUGCUCGAGUUUGUUUAUAGAACUAAUCCAGAAUAUUGAGAACUUUUGCGAAUGAUUCUUUCUAGUGUCGGUCGUGGAGGUGAAGGGGAUGUGGGGCAGCGAAUCCGAGACGAAAUCCUGGUUAUCCAGAGAAAUAAUAAUUGCAAGGGUGGAAUUAUGGAGCAAUGGCAUCAGAAGCUGCAUAAUAACACUAGCCCUGAUGAUGUUGUCAUCUGUCAGGCACUAAUGGAUUAUCUCAAUUGUGAUUUGGACAUCAGUGUUUAUUGGAAAACAAUGAAUGAUAAUGGAAUAACAAAAGAGCGCCUUUUGAGCUAUGAUCGUGCUAUCCGUUCGGAACCUGAUUUCAGGAGAGACCAGAAAGAUGGCCUUUUGCGCGAUCUUAGAAAUUACAUGAGAACAUUGAAGGGAGUGCAUUCAGGCGCAGAUUUAGAGUCAGCCAUUUCAAAUUGCAUGGGCUACAAGUCUGAGGGGAAAGGCUUCAUGGUUGGGGUGAAGAUAAAUCCUAUAUCAGGCUUGCCAUCUGGAUUUCCUGAACUACUUCAUUUUGUCCUGGAACAUGUUGAAGAUAAGAAUGUGGAAGCACUUCUUGAGGGAUUGCUAGAGACCCGUGCGGAGCUUAGUCCAUUGAUUUCUAAAUCAAAUAAUCGUCUUAAGGAUCUUUUGUUUUUGGACAUCGCCCUUGAUUCUACUGUUUGGACAGCCAUAGAACGGGGAUAUGAGGAGUUGAAUAGUGCCAAACCAGAGAAAAUUAUGUACUUCAUCACUCUUGUCCUUGAAACCCUCGCCCUGUCUUGGGAUGAUAAUGAGGAUCUCAUCUAUUGCUUAAAGGGAUGGAAUGAAGCCCUAAGCAUGUCCAAGUCUGGAGAUAAUCUCUGGGCUUUGUACGCGAAAUCAGUCCUUGACAGAACCCGGCUUGCACUUGCAGGCAAGGCGGAGUCCUACCAUCAUUUAUUGCAACCAUCCGCUGAAUAUCUUGGAUCACAGCUUGGAGUGGAGCUAUGGGCUGUGAAUAUUUUCACAGAAGAAAUCAUUCGUGCCGGAUCAGCAGCAUCACUAUCUUCACUUCUUAAUAGACUAGAUCCUGUUCUUCGUGAAACUGCUAAUUUGGGAAGUUGGCAGGUUAUCAGUCCGGUUGAAGCCAUAGGAUAUGUUGUUGUCGUAGACGAGUUGCUUGCUGUCCAGAAUAAGUCUUAUGAAAAGCCAACAAUUUUGGUGGCAAAAUCUGUCAAAGGAGAGGAGGAAAUUCCUGAUGGUGCAGUUGCUGUGCUAACACCUGACAUGCCAGAUGUCCUAUCAUAUGUUUCUGUGCGAGCAAGAAACAGCAAGGUCUGCUUUGCUACAUGCUUUGAUUCCAACAUUUGGGCUGACCUCCAAGCAAGUGAAGGGAAAUUAUUGCAGAUAAAGCCCACUUCUGCAGAUAUAGUUUAUAGCACGUUGAAGGUGGGUGACUUAACAAAUGCAAGUUCAACAAGCUUGAAAGAAGACGACUCUUUGCCCUCUCUGACACUGGUCAGAAAGCAGUUUGGUGGUAGAUAUGCAAUAUCAUCUGACGAGUUCACAAGUGAAAUGGUUGGAGCUAAAUCACGCAAUAUAGCAUACCUGAAAGGAAAAGUGCCAUCUUGGGUUGGGAUUCCUACCUCGGUUGCCCUACCAUUUGGAGUUUUCGAGAAAGUUCUUUCAGAUGGUUUAAAUCAGGGAGUGGCAGAAAAUUUGCAUAUCCUGAAGAAAAAGCUAGGAGAAGGAGACGUCAGUGCACUCGGGGAGAUCCGAAAGGCAGUUUUAGAACUUGCAGCUCCGUCCCAGUUGGUGGAAGAGUUGAAAAACAGGAUGCAAAGUUCUGGCAUGCCUUGGCCUGGAGAUGAAGGCCAGCAGAGAUGGGAGCAAGCAUGGCUGGCUAUAAAGAAAGUCUGGGCUUCAAAGUGGAAUGAGAGAGCAUAUUUCAGCACAAGAAAAGUGAAAUUAGAUCAUGAGUACCUUUGCAUGGCUGUCCUGGUUCAGGAAAUAAUAAACGCCGACUACGCAUUUGUUAUCCACACAACAAAUCCAUCUUCAGGAGACUCGUCAGAGAUAUGCGCCGAGGUAGUGAAGGGCCUUGGAGAAACUCUGGUUGGAGCAUAUCCGGGUCGUGCUUUGAGUUUUAUCUGCAAGAAGAAUGAUCUGAACUCUCCUCAGGUUUUGGGAUAUCCGAGCAAACCCAUUGGACUUUUUAUAAGACGAUCGAUCAUCUUCCGAUCCGACUCCAACGGUGAAGAUCUAGAAGGUUAUGCUGGUGCAGGACUUUAUGACAGCGUACCAAUGGAUGAAGAAGAGAAAGUUGUACUUGACUAUUCAUCGGAUCAAUUGAUUAAGGAUGCUGACUUCCGUCGAUCACUCCUCUCCAGCAUUGCUGGUGCUGGAAAUGCGAUCGAGGAGCUGUAUGGAUCUCCUCAAGACAUUGAAGGUGUGGUUAGAGAUGGGAAAAUCUAUGUUGUACAGACAAGGCCACAGAUGUAAUCCUCAUUCUUUCUCUUACUAUUUUCACAAGAGAAGGGUUAGAUAUAUAGGUUGUCUAUGCAAAGACUCCAAAAGGGUUCCUGAUUAUGUAACUAUUUUCCAAAUAAAAACAGUAAUGAAUGUAACUAUUGUAUUUUUUCACAAAAGAAAAAUACAAUUUCAUUAGCAUUUUAUCGUUA